CGAAAUAUGCCAUAAAUAUGUACCUAUCUAUCGACCAAGGAGAGAUUGGCUCAGUGGGUAGCAAAACAACACAAAAUGCAUAUGUUAGACGCAUUGAUUCUACUGUAUAUACGACGUUUUGAUUGUCCAACGACAAAUACCUGCACAACUAGCAGCAACGGGCCUGGUGUCACUAGCUACGUAGGCUAGCUAGUAGAUCAUUAUCGACAAACAACAAUAAAACUGCCUUUCACUGUGCAAUUCGUAUUUGUAUUCACCGGCAGGUCAUUAUAAACUGCUAACUUUGGCAGACAUCUGAUGCUUCAUUCGGCCUUUUCACUAUCGAGAAAUAUGAGUCUUCGAGAAGAUUCUUUGCGUAUCCAUGAGUGAUUGCAGACUUCGCUGGUCAGCCUCGAGUUGAGUAAAGUAUUCGUCACAAUUUUUCGAGUCGAAAAUUAGCAGCAUGGGAUCAAUUUUUAGUAAAAGCAAACCCUCACAUGCAGGCUCCUCGAAUCAAGUGAUUUUUGACGAGUACGUCAAUACCGAUCGCUUUCACGACCUUGCCGGGAAGGUAAUUGCUAUCACGGGAACUUCCGAGAAUUCACUCGGCUAUUUCAUUAGCGAAAUAGCAAUUCGAAAGAACGCCAAGAAAUUACUACUGCUAAAUCGAAACUCUUCGUCGGCAGAUAAAGGACGAAAAAAGCUGGAGCAUUUGGCUAAGCAAGUUAAUUCCCCAACAAAUGUUCAAUGGGUGGUGUGCAACCUCAUGGACUUUGGCUCAGUCCGUAAAGCAGCAAAGGAUAUUACAGAGAUUGCUACCCAAAAUGACGGACUUGAUGUUUUGGUCAACAAUGCUGGCAUAAUGGCACACAAUGAUAGCCGAACUGCAGAAGGCUUUGACGUCCAAAUGCACACAAAUCACUUAUCACACUUUCUUUUGACAUCACUUUUGUAUCCCUCACUAGAAACGGCUGCUUGCACACGUGGGGAAGCUAGAAUUGUUUCGCAUUCAAGUUCUGCACGAUUCUUUCCAAGCAAGGAUCUGGAAGAGAAAUAUUUCGUGAAGAGCGAUGCUGGAUCAUUGGGCGGUGAUAGCGUUUUGAAGGAUAUGUUCGGAUUUGGCGGACCAGCUACGCGAUAUCAUAUGUCCAAGCUCAGCAAUUCUUGUUUUGCCAUUGCACUCCACCACAAGCUUCAAGCAAGACAUAGUAAAGUCAUGUCAAUGGCUGCUGACCCUGGCGUGGCUUCCUCGGGGCUUGCCACAUCCGCCAGCUCGGGAGACGGUGCACUACAGGGUUGGCUUGUAAAUCUCCUGGGGAGCUCGGCACAGUCUCCUGCAGACGGUUGUCUUCCUGCUGCCAUGUGUGCGUUCUCUCCACAAGCUCUGAGUGGCGAUCUGUACAAGCCGAGAUUUGGAACUAGUGGAGCACCCCUAAAGUCCAUUGAGGAAGCAUCCGACGUAGAUCGGAAAGCCCAUGAAAGAUUGACGCUGACCAAAGCCAAUCAGGAAAACGUAUGGAAGUGGAGCGAAGACGCGCUAGGCAUCAAGUUUGAAGUUUAA